CAAUAAGGUGUUACAAGCGCUUGAAGAUACAGCGCAUGAAUCCCUGGAAAAACUAUCACCAAUUGACUGAAUCCACUUUAUGUCUUCCUCCGUCUUUAAUUAUGUUGCGUGUCUCGAUUGGACAGAUGAAUGGGAAGAGCCGCCUGCAGCAGGUCCAGGGGGACGUGGAGGAGGUCAGGGACAUCAUGUUGGACAACUUGAACAAGGCUGAUGAGAGAAAUGGCAACCUGGUUGAACUGGAGGACAGGGCUGAUGUGCUGCUGGAAAAGGCUAAAAAGUUUGAAAAGACCACUUCCAAGCUGAUCCAAAAGAAAAGAUGGGGGAAGAAGAAGAUGUUUGUGUUUAUCGGCAUCGGCGCGACGGUGGCAGUCGUCAUUCUCGGAUUAAUAAUCUAUUUCAUUGUGCCUGGCACACAGUAGCUGCUCCGAUGUUGAAAAUUAAACAUUUUUUUGUGGGUUUAGCAUGAAGUGAAAAAAAAAAAGACGAGUGCAAACUAUGAGACUUGAGCAUCUCGCCUUAACUGCUAAAUCUGUGUUAUUUUUGUUUUCAAAGAUAUUUAUUGGUUUCUUUUUUUGUCUUCAGUUAAAACGGUACCAAUUCACUUCUCAAAGGUCAUGUCUCUGUAAGGCCCACGAUGGGAGAACACAUUUGUCUUGGAUCUUAAAAGUGAGAUAUAAUACAUAUAUAUACAAUUGUUUUUAUCAAAAAUGAACCAAUGAAGGCUGUAUGCGAUUUCUAUUAAAAUGGUUACUACAGAAUGAUUGAUCAUAAAGUGGUAGAGCGCAACGGCUCCUAUGUUAAUCCUUUUCUGUCUGUAGGUCUAAAGAUGAGGCUGCUAGUUGUGUUUUUAGCAUGACUCUGGGGGGCAGAAGCUGGAUUCUCUUUACCUGUUGCUCCACCAUCACGUUGCUCAUCACACAGGCUGCAGCCGGAGUCUUCAACUCAAAAUAUACACAUUCCCUAAAUAGAUGAACAACCGGCCUCCUGCUCAGCUUGUGCCAUGUGCAUGAAUGUUUUGAUCAAUGGUUUUAAUGGUUUAAUAAGAAAUAAAUAGUAUGUUCGCUCUA